AUGGUUUUACCAAGAUUUUUUUUGCUUUGCUUGAUCUUCUUCGUGGGGUCGACAAUGUUCUGCAAUUACUAUCCCAUGGAUGCCAAGGCAUGUAUCUCAAAAACAGAUGGAAUUAUGUGUAUAAAUCGGUUUUUAAAUAAAUUUAGGCGAAUUUAGUUAGUUCGAAAAUGCAUGCCUGGAAACCUCCAUAACCAGUUAUGGUUGCGAACCUACUUUAAAUAAGUUAGCUUGUUUAAAUUAAUUGAGCAAUCCUGACGAUUCUGAAGCCACAUGUAUUCACAUUUAUAUAACGAAGGCAUCUUCACUUCUAAGUGCCAGCCUGCCAAAAAAUAGCAUUUCAAAAAUUUGGGGUGCUCAAUUAAAUAUUCCAAAUACGGAUGCAUGAAUGCUUUAAAAAAAGAUUGUAUUUGGAAUAAUGGAUGUUAUGAAUAUGGAAAUGAAAUCCCCUUGGGAGAUGAUUGUUCCCAGAUUUUCGAUGAAUCUGUGACUCCAUCUUUGUGCCAAAAGAUUCAAAAUAUUUAAUGUAUUCAAUGAAAAUCAUAAUUUCAAGGCAUGAGUAGUGGUUUCAAAGGAGAUUACUAAUGUGUUGCUGUCACCGAAUAGCUACUCUCAAAGAUCUCUUGUGAUUAGCUCGGAUUAAACCAACAAGGAUGCACAUAGAUAACCACCAAAGAUUAAGCUUGUAUGUUUAAAUAUUAAUACUAUAGGUAUUUUCGAAAAUAACCAGUGUAAGAAUGUGAUUUCAACAUACCCGUAAAAGUGUGGUUUAUUGCUAAAUCGCUUAGGUUGUUUAUAAAUCAUAAACCCAAAAUUGAAGUGCCAAUGGAAAAACAAUGCAUGCAUGAACUUCAUUGACACCAAUUAGUCCUGUGAACAAAUAACAGAAGUCAACUCAAUUGUUUGUUCUGGAUUUGAUGGAAUUUGCUUGUAUGAUUCAACCAACAAGAAGUGUGUCAACCCUACAAGUAAUUAAUUGGAGAAGAUUAAGUGCAACACUUAUGGUCUAACGAAGUAAGCAUGUCUCUAAAUUAAAAAUUAAUAUUGUACCUUCUUUAAAGGAAUCUGUCAAGAGAUGUCUCUCUCUGAUUUGAAGGUAUACUAAUGCAAGAUGGAUUUGAAUGAAGAUGCCUGUAUCAACAUUUAGACUCAAUUUCAAUAUUGCAAGUGGGAUGGAGUCGAAUGCACAAGAAUCCAAUUAAAUCAGGAUAUCAACUGUCCCUUAGAUUCUCUGAAUGCAGAAUCCAAAGUUAAUGGAAAUGUGUGUUAAUCCAUAUCCAAACCAGGAGUCACAUGCAAAUAUAAUUCGACUACUCAUCUGUGUGUCAGAAGUACUGAGAAGGAUUAUUGCAAUUCCUCUUUUCUCAACCUCCAAGGCUGUGUUAGCAUUACUACUGCAGGAUACUCUUGUUAAUGGACGAAGGAUGGAUGUGUCAAUGUCAAAAUAGUAGCCAAUAAAACCCAAUGUGAAUCCCUUGGAUUUGCCAAUGCAAUCUCUUGUUCACAAGUCUAUGAGAACAAUACUCUAGGUUGCUAUUAUGAUCCAUCAUACUAGUAGUGCAAAUCGAUUAUACUAAAAGAGGAGGAAGUAUUCCUAAACACAAUCUUUUGUUCUGACACCAAAUUCGGUUAUAAUAAAUCAAUAUGUGCUUCCAUUACUACUCCUGGCCAAGUGUGUAGAUGGUAUUAGAAUCAGUGCUCAUAAAUCAAAUCAAAAGAGCAAAUAGCCUAAAUUUAGUGUAUACAACUUUAGUUUGUUAAUAAAUACGCCUGUGGAUUGGUAGAAUAUGGCAAAGAACCCUGUAGAUAUUUGGAUCUUCAAAAAGGUUGUGUGAAUUCCAUUGUUGGUAAUAUGAAUUGUUUGACUCCUGGAUUGAACUCCUAUGCCUGUGCAGUAGCAAGUGGAAGUUGUUAUUUUGAUACUUCCUCCAAUUCAUGUUAAUAUGUUUCAAAUCCAUAUUAAUAAUAAACACAACUGACUGCUGCUGCUAAAGCUGAAUUAUUAAGUACUAUGACUUGUGAUGCCAGUUCUCCAACUAUUGAUAUUUGUGCUUAGAUUGUAACUGUAGGGUAAAUUUGUAGCUGGUCUUUUAGGACAAAUAGAUGUCAAAAUCAAUUUGUUGCUUUCAAUUCUCUUUGUUCUAAUUUCUCAGGAUAAAAUGCUGUAGUAAAUGCAAAUACUUGUGCAGCUAUAGAGAAUGAAUUUCCAGAUUAUGAUCCAAUUGGAGGUGCUAAGGUUGAUAUCAAUAGAGCAAAUUGUAAAUUCAAUUCAAAAACAUCGAACUGUGAAGUCAACAAAGAUAGUUGUUCCACUCCUUGUUGUACAGAACCUGAGAAGAUUGGAAUAAAUGCUCAUUCUUGUAGUAAAUAUUCAUCAAAAGAUGCCAAUACCUAUUGCUUUUUUAAUAAUGAUCUUAGAUGUCAACAAUUAACUGCAUUAGACGUUGGAAUAGUUAAUGCAGACACAGCCAAGAUAUAUUUCAAUGCAAAUCAAUUCAAAUGCUCUUAGAUGUCUAUUAAUUCUUGUUUUAUGAUUACAUGGUCAUCCAAAUAAAGAUGCUAUUUCAAUGGCUCGUCUUGCGUUAAUAUUAAUUAUGCAAAUUAUCCUGAUUUUAGCGUGUUUACUACUGCACCUAAAUUAAUGAAUUAAUAUGCUUGUUUAGGUAUAGAAGCAGCAAGGACAACAAAAAAUACUAAAAAAUAUUUUACUUAUGAUUCAACAGCAAAUAAGUGCAAUUCAUAAGAUGCCCCAACUGAUAAAGAAUCCUGUGAAUAAAUAAUUGGAAACAGAAAUUUAUGUCUAGCUACUAUAAUAACUGUAGGUGAUGGCUAUUGCAAAUGGGAUCCGACAAAUUUAAAAUGCAUAACAAUUCCUAAAGAUGAAUUCUUAUAGAUAAAUACUUGCAAUUACAAUUAAAAUAAAUAGGCAUGUAUUAACCAUGCAAAUUUAGGAUGUUAAUUUAAUAAUGACACUGAUAGAUGUAUUGAUGCUUAAACUGAUGUAAGUUGUAUAUCUUUUGAAGCUACUGGAUAGGUGAGUUCAUCUGUAUGUUUAAAUGUAUCCAAAGCUAAAGAAAUGUGCAAAUUUGAUGAAUCGUUUAAAUGUGUUGCUCACGAUGUUGAUGCAGUAAAAUGUGAUAUCAAAGGAGGCAAUUCAAUAGCAUGCUAUUAUAAAACAAAUUCGAAUCAAUGCAGAUGGGAUCCAAAAUCAUUAAAAUGUUAUGAAAAUAAAACUAGUAUUGACCUCUUAGGUUGUAAUGAUAAUUUAAAUAAGAAUUUAUGUCUAAAGGUAACUAAAGAACCAUGUGUUUGGGACAUAUCAUAAUAUAAAUGCUUAAAAUUAGAUGCAUUUGACUCAUCUUCUUUUAGCAAAAUUGAAAGUGGAAGUGAAUUCAAUAAACAAACAUGCAUGAGUUUAAUAGGAAAUUCAUACUAUCAUAAUGUAGUGACCGAUAGUGAUGGUGUAGACUCUCAACUAUGCUCAAUUUUGUCUUCUUAAAUGAGCACAUGCAAUUAAUAUUAUGCCAACAAGUAAUCUUGCCUGUUACAAACCAGAGGAAUAUCUUGUUUUUAUGAUGCAAAUGAAACUGAUCUAUCAAAACGAUGUAAACCAUUUACUGCAGAACAAUCAUCAUGCACGACUGCAACCCUUAUCAACAUUUAAGUUUGCAUGGAUAUUCCUAAACAAUGUCAAUUCAAUACUACUUCUUUAUUAUGUUUGAGCACUACUAUACAGGAAACUGAUUUAUGUUCAGAUUUAAAAAAUAAAUCUGGAUAAUAUUAUAAUAAAUUGGCAUGUUCAUCGAUCAAUUCUUUAAUUUCAGGAACAGAUAAUAAAUCUCAAUGUUAUGAUAAAAAAGAUAGCUAAUAAACUUGUAAUCACGAAAAAUAUUGUUAUUGGAAUUCUAAUACUUAUACAUGCGAUAUUAAAAUUUUACAUGCUAUUUCUAUGGGUUCUGAGAAGUAAUGUGAGGAUCAGACUGUAACAGAUCCAGAUACUAAUGAGACUACUACCACAGAAGUUUGUACCGAUGUACCAAAAUGCUAGAAUGAUUAAAAUAAAGAUGCUCUUUAUGUUAAAGAAUGCUCAUAUAGAUAUUCAAAGGCCCUUUGCUUAGAAAUGAGUGAUACAAAAUGUUACUUUGACUUAGAUUAAGGAGGAUGCAAUCCUCUAACUUAAAACGAAAGGAAAUUACCCAGUUGUGACAGUGUUUAUAAUGUAGCGUAAAAUAACUGUUUAGAGAGUCAAUCAAGAUACGCACUAUGUAAAGUAGAAAGUAGUUCUGAAACUUAUCCUACAAAUUGUAAGACCUUGGAAAGAACUGUAAUUAAAUGCACAUCAAAUUCUGUUUUGACAUCAUCAUAUAAAUGUGCCGAUGUGCCUGCAUAAAGUAUAUCAAAAGGUGCAUGUGCUAAUGCAAUAGAUAUUUGUCGUUAUGAGGGUGGUAAAUGUGUGACUUCCAUUUCCAAAGAUGGCAGUUGUACACCUGCUUGUGAUUCUAGUUUUAGUAAGAAGAUGUGUGUCUAUUGUGGAUGCGAUUUUGAUACCUUAGGAUAUUGUCAAAUUGCCCCGAUAUAACUAUUUCCUUAAUUAAGUGAAAUUAAUCUCACCCUUACAAGUGAAAAUAAUGAAACUGAAGUAAAAACCAAUAAGUACUUUUUAUGUUAUGAAGUCAAUUUAUUAAAUUCAAGUAAAGCUGAAUAAGUGUGUGGUAGGGUAUCUUAAUCUUGCAUUUACACAAAUAUGUGUGUUGAUGCAACAGGUUAUUCAUGUAGUUAAUUAGUGGAUCAAACAGUAACAGAAAAGGCUUGUGUUAGGUGUGCUGGAGAUUUGGUGGUUUAUGAUUCCAAUACAUAGAGAUGUAAGCUAUUAUCAGGCAAAAAGUCUUCAUCCUGUGAUAAACUUAAUUAGUUAGCUUGUUUGUAAAGCACAACAGUUGGAUGCAAAUGGCUUAAUUACACUUGUCAAUAAUUCACAACUGCAGAUAACAGUGAUUGUUCGAUUUACAAUACUGUCUCUUGCUCAAAUGUUCCUAAUUGUUGGGUGAAUCCAGAUACUAAUCUAUGUACAACUUAUAUAGAAUCUUUGGGAAACUGUAGUUAAUUACCAAACCAAAACCUGUGCAGAAUUUCAAAUGCUCAGGCUUGCAUCUGGGAUAGCACAUCCAGUUCGUGUAAAGAUGCAACAAUGGACUCCAAUUACACUUGUGAUAAAGCCAAUAAAUAUGGUUGUUUAAAUAAUAAAACAUAUCCUUGUGGAUGGCUAAAUAGCAAUCAAUGUCAAGCAAUUACUUUGGAUCCUGCUAAUUUUGUCAGUUGUUCAGACUUUCUAGGAAGUGAUGCGAAUCCCCCUUUAUACUUUAAUGCAUAAAUAUGUAGUUAAUUGGUUAUUACGACUAAAGAUGCAAGUAAAUCAUGCUUUAGAGAUUUAAAUUAUUAAUGUAGAGAACCAAUUAUUACAGAUACCUUUACUUGUACUACUCCUGGAUUGAAUAAGUAUUCUUGUAUCAAUCUAGCAAACAGCAAUUGUAAAUAUGAUAAUAAUCAAUGUUAACCAUAGCCAAGCUAUGAUGUUGGAUGUCUAGAUAAUUUGAGCAUUGGUGCUUGUAUUAAUUAAAAAAAGACUUGUAAAUUCACAGAAGGUGUUUGUUCAGAUUUUACAGUAGCUAAAAUAGAUGACUUUUUAAAAUCAGAUGUAAAAUAUCCUUAUUCAAUAUCUGUUUGUUCUAAACUUGAUAGCAGCAGUGAGACAUAUAAGGAAUCCUUCAUCUACAACACAAUCUUAUAAAGUUGCAUUUAAAUUACCAAUCGAAGUCCUUACAUAAGUGAUUGCACCCUACCUGGCAUCAACAAAUUUGCCUGUCUCACUAAAACCAACACUUUUUGUAGUUACGCCAAUAACCAAUGCUAAAGUCAAACAAAAACUUCACUUCAACAGAUUUUAGCAUGUUCUGACACUUUGAAUUGGUAUUCUUGUUCUAUGAUAGUCACAGAUAAAGGCACGUUAUGCAAAUUUAAAGAUAACAAGUGUUAAGAUGUAGAUGACAAACUAGACACUUGCUAAUCCUUAUAAGAUUAAGGUGCCAUUGUAAGUUCAAGUGUUUGUGCAUCCAGAACUGAUUUGCCUUGCAGAUUGAAUGCCCAAACCAAUUAGUGUAAAGUAAUUGCUAAUGGUGAUGUUUAUGUUUGCAAAGAAUCAGGAUUAAACUUAAUUGGAUGCCAAUUCAAAACAUAGGGUUCAUUGUGCAUCUUUUAGGGCGGUAAAUGCUAGAAUAGUUUUGGAAAUACUAAUUGUAAAGAUUUGGUCAACAAAGACAAGUGUUUAUCUAUAAGAACCAAAAAGUAAUUUUGCUAUUUUGAUGACAUUCUGGGAUGUCAAGAUGUUGUAAUCAACUCAGAUAUAUCUAAAUGUGGUAUAUAUAACAAAUAAACUAAUCCACUUGUUUGUGCUCUUGCUACUGCCUAAGAUUCUACUGCAUGCUAUUACAAUGAUAAUGAAAAAAAGUGCUAAGAAUUUACAACCGAAACAGUAACCGAUUGGGCUAAUAGGAUCUCUUUUAAUUCCAAAGCUUGUCAACUCUACGAAGCUGAUAGCAAAUUAACCUAUUGGAAAGAUGAGUGUUUAGAAAUACCUACAUAAUAAUUAUUAUAUCUUGAUUGUGACAGUUAAGCCAAUCGAUUAGGAUGUAUAAAUAUUACUAAUCCCAAUGCUUAAUGUAUAUUCAAUAAGACAACCAAAAAAUGCGAAAAAGUCACAGAUUUCACAUAAGCUUGUGUUAGUUACGAAAAUAUCAACUCUAGUAUAAUUUGUGAGAAACCUACUGACAGUGGUUGCUACUUUAGUACUUCUGAAUUUAAAUGUGUAAAACUCAUUCCUGAAGAUGAAGUUGAUUGUAGUGUGUAAACUAAUGGGUACAAUAAGAUUGCAUGUGCAACGAAUAAAGGUUGUGUAUUCAGUGAUCAUUGCUAUUUAAAAGAGGAGGGUGAAUUUUCUGUCUGUUCCGAUGCUACCAAUAAUAAGGCAAAUUGUUAGGCUGUAAAAUAUGAGGCAUGCUAGUUUAAAGAGAAUAGUUGUACUCUGAUUUCAGAUACAUCCUCAAUUAAAUGUCAAGAUGCUGUUAAUAUAUUUGGUUGCUAAAAUGUUACUACAGAUGGAGUAUAUUGCCAAUUUAUUGAUGAGUAGUGCUAGGAGAUCAAUCCCUUAACUAUCAAAGACACAGGUUGUACAGAAGUAGGAAUUAUCAAUAGUUUUAUGUUCUGUGAAUAAGUAUCAGUAGAAGAUGAGCAAUGCAAAUAUGAUAUUAAGAAGAAGUAGUGUGUUCUUACGGAACCAACUGAUGAAUUCAGUUGCAACAGAGGUUUAAAUCCACUUGCAUGCUUGAAUAAAACAACUUAAUCACUCUAGUGUAGAUUCUGGAAUUAUUGUUAUGGACCAAAUUUUUAGAUUUUGAAUUGUGAUCCCUUAUUAGUUGCCGAUUGUUGUACCCUUGCUUCAAAUUUAGAAUCAUGUUUAUUCUAAUCUACAUUUAACUGUGUUUGGACUAAUAAAUGCUAAAAGUAUACAGCUAAUUAAACUGAUUGCAAUUUGAUUGAAAAUGCAUCUAGGAAUAUAUGUACAUCAAUCAAUAGCAGUUUUUGCAUCUUUGACACCACUAUUAAAAAAUGUAGAUCUAUAAUUCCUACUAAUUGUGAUCAGGCAUAGACACCAUCAUAAUGUAAGAUGAUUUAAGGAUUGCCAUGUUAUUGGAAUUCAGAAGUAGAUCAAUGUGAAUACAAAGAAAAACAAUUAUAUGAUGAGUGUUAGGAUAUUGAAAGUGCAUCUGGUAAUAUGAGAGCCUGUUUGGAUGUGGAGAGACCAGGAUAAUUAUGCUAAUUUGUAGAUAAUUAAUGUAAAACAUUUAAUGAAGUACCAAAUUAAAAUAAUUGUUUAAACAACAUUAAUAAAGUUUCAUGCACUUAAUAAAUAAAAAAUGAAUGUUUCUGGGAUUUAUAAACUAUUAAAAUUAAAAAAACAACAUUAGCCAAACAAGAAACUGAAAUAAUCAUUGGUGAAUGUAAAGUGUUCAAAGAGUUCGAUACUUGGAAUUGUUCAGAUCAACUUAGUUAUGUGGCUUGUCUUAAGAUUACUACAAAAGGCGUGCAAUGCUAUUGGAAUGAUGAGCAAUGCUAAGCUAUUCCAAUAAUAAAAGGAGAUGUAAUCACUCCUAAUACUUAUGUUUUGAUUAAUAGUAAUGCUUGUGCAUUAGUAAACAAUGGAGAUAUGGUCAGAUAUAAUUCAGAUACUUUGUCAUGCAUUAAAGAAACCGAUUUUAAUAAUUUAACCUGUUUCCCAAUGACUCCAGGCCUCAAUAAAUAGGCUUGUGUUAAGAAUACCUUAUAGAAAUGCAGUUGGGAUGAAAAAAAUCGCACUUGUGUAUUUGAAGCCAAAAGACUUCUUGUCGAGGAGUAAUUAUAAUCUCAUCGACUGUUAUAAUCAACAACCUGCAAAAGAGAUGGAUUGGGACCACAACUGUGUUCUCAACUUUCAUUACAACUACCAUGUGGUUCAGGUGAAAUUGGUUGCGAUCUUAUCGAUAUCAAUACAGCCGUCUGUUCAGAUAAGGGACUUAAUAAAUAUGCAUGCUUAAAUUUAAAGACUGGACCAUGUGCUUGGAUGGAGGAUUCAGACGGUAACUUUGUUUGCCAAGACUACAUACCAUUUACUUCUUGUGAGUCAGUGCUUAUUGAUGUUAAUUCUUCGGUUUGUUCGUAUGUAGUAGACGAUGCAUGUGUGUAUAACUAAACUCUUAAUAAAUGUCAGAUUCCUACUCAAACUUAUACUAAAUGUGACGUUGAUGGAAUUAACUCUGUGGCUUGUUCUUCAAUAAAUGGUUGCAUAUUUAAAAAUCAGAAGUGCCAGUCUCAAGAUCCAAACGUAAAUGUACUUUGCAAUUAAGCCGAAUCAGCUAAUUAUUAAGUAUGCACACUUGCUAUAGACAGAUGCAAAUAUAGCGAUUUAACUCAUGGAUGUAUUAAAUCUACGAUCACAGACAAUUGCAAUACGCUAGGCUUAAGUGCUUUAGGCUGUAAUGUCUUAGAUGAGUGUAAAUGGAGUGAUUCUAAAUGUCAGUGUCUGGCUUAUCUUGAGCAGUUCCCUGUAUGUUCAACUAUUCUUGAAUAUAAUAAAUGCGAGAAUUUAGACUAUUGCUUCUUUGAAGUUUCGGAAUCCAAGACCAAUAAGGAUAUUACUUAGUAUUUGAAAAACACAAAUUAUGGUACUUGUAGAGAUAAAAAAUGUUCAGAUAUGAUUGUAAGUGAGUGUUAAGGAACUGUGAUUGGAGAUACUACUUGUUAUUUAAAUACUAAAUCACAGUGUUCACCUGCCAAUAGUUGCAAUGAACUAAUUGCAACAUCACUUGAUUGUUCUACUUAUAAAAUUAACAACUAAAGAUGCAAAAACAAAGCAUCAUUAACUGGUUGUGAGAAUCUGAAUUGCAAUUAUUUAGAUUAAACCACUUGUGAACAAUUUAUCAAUGAAUGUGUUUUUGUUGGAUAUUGCAAAAUCAGAAGCUGUGAAUAUAUGGGAAAAACAUAAUGCUUAUAGAGUGACUGUGAUUGGGAUGAUUAAUAAGAAAAAUGUACAUUGCAAUUGGAUUGUUCGUAGAUCUCUACCAGUGACAAUUGCAUUCUUAAAAAAUAACAAGGAACUUAAUGCGCUUGGAUUGCAACUCUUAAUAAAGUUGAAGAAUGCACGUCCACUGGAUGCAGAUAUUUAGGUAUUUCUUAGGGAGAUUGCAUGGGUACACAUAUUGGAACUGACGUCUGUGUUUAAAUGAAUGAUUUCUCUUGUGUUUCAUGUGAAGAAAUCAAAGAUUCCUGCAUCUGUUUAAAUCAAUCCUUGUUCUGCUCAUAUGACAAUCUAAAUAAGAAGUGUAGAUCAAAGAGUUGUCAACAUCACAACCAAGAUGACUGUCCAAGUACUCAUUGCAGAUUCAAUAAUUCAUCUAAGGUAUUUUUCAUGACAAUAUUAAUUAGAUUUGCUAACCAUUAUGCCAAUACAAUUAUAACCAGUUAUAAUGCAAUUAAGCUGAUGAAUGUGUUUGGGAUUCAAUCAAUAAAAUCUGUGCCUCCCAUUUAAGCAAUGUUGUCGCGCCAUAAAUCAACUUACCAGCCCCAAAUAAUGCAUAUAUACUAAUGCCCAUCUUUCUAACAAUUGUAAUGAAUUUAUGA